CUACUUUUUUUUUUUUUGAACUACAACAAACUAAAAUAUUGCACUAUCCAAAUAUCACAUUUUCACCAAUAGCUGCAAAAAUGGCUUCCAUGACCAUGAUGGCAUCAUUCUUGGGCGGCUCAGCCGCAGCCGCCGCCACCACCACCACCCGCCGUCACAUGGUGGUUGUUAGGGCCUCAAAAGACUCCUCCGGGGAGGAAGAGAGCAGCAGCAGCAACAACAACAGCAGGAGGGACUUGAUGUUUGCGGUGGCGGCAGCGGCUGCGUGCUCGGUGGCUAAAAUAGCAAUGGCCGACGAAGAGCCGAAGAGGGGAAGCCUUGAUGCUAAGAAGAAGUACGCAGCUGUUUGCGUUACGAACCCUACUGCUCGCAUUUGUCGCUAUUGAUUAAUCGAGAUUGUUUGCUAAUUUUAUUCACUCUCCUUCAUGCAUGGGAAUUAUAUAUUAAAAUUGUUUUGUUGCUCAUCAUAAUUAAUGUUUGUGUUGUUUAAUGUCCAUAUUACUUGAUAUAUAAGUUAUUUUUGGGCAA